AAGCAAGGUGAAUAUACUUCUGGAAAAGAGGUUUAAUUUAUAUUAGAUGUCAUUUUAUUGAAUUUGUUUCAAAAAAUUCUGUAUAAAUUAAAAAAUAUUUGUAACGAUUUCUCGAUUUUGUUAUUAAUUUAUUACUUGACAACACCAAUUGCUGCAAGUUUGCGCAUGCGCCGAAUGGCGAUUUACAGUGAAUAUCUUUGAGUUACAGUUUUUUAAAUAAGAAAUUUUUAUCUUUAGUCGGUAAUAUAUUAUACAAAUGUGUAAAUUGUUAAUUGAUUUAGCUCAGGUACUUUGAAAAUAAAACGGUUUCAUAAUUUUUUUGGAGUGAUAAAGUGUAACAUUGGUGGCCAUUACAAAAUCUAAACUUUUUUAUCAGAGAACAAAUGUCCAUUUGAUGUUUCGGCGACGUUGUGACUAAUGCAUGGAAAGCUAAUUAAAAAUUGCAUAUCCUUCUUCUACCUGUGAAAUAACCAUGAUUUUGAGAUAAAUUUAUAUAGUGCAGUGUUUUAGUGUUAAAAAAACCCAAAAAUUUUACGCAAUAGCAGUGACUAUUUGUGUUGGUGUUAUUUGGAUUGUGGCAUGGGGAGUGGCGAACUCCGCGUGCCAUCUUCGAGGCUGUGACAUGGGCUGCUUUGCUGCGGCCUCCACUGGUGGGCUCUCAGAGUGAUAGGAGUGUCAGGCUAGGAGCCUGCACAAUACCUCUAGUAUUAUGAACAAACGUGAGAGCAACAAGGAUAAAGAACGUCAAAGUGACGAUAAAAGAACUUCUACCGCAACAGGGGCGGUGGGCGGGCGCGGCGUGGGCAGCAGCGCGAUGCACACGUCGCGACACUCCGUCACCUCGUCCUCGGGCGUGCUGAUGGUCGGCCCUAACUUCAGGGUCGGCAAGAAGAUCGGCUGCGGCAACUUCGGCGAACUUAGGCUCGGAAAAAAUCUAUACAACAACGAGCAUGUAGCCAUCAAGAUGGAGCCGAUGAAAUCGAAGGCGCCGCAGUUGCAUCUCGAGUACAGAUUCUACAAAUUACUAGGCACCCACGCGCCGUCGACGGCAGAAGGCAUUCCGGAGGUGUAUUACUUCGGACCGUGCGGUAAAUACAAUGCAUUGGUGAUGGAGCUGCUCGGUCCGUCGCUCGAGGAUCUGUUCGAUCUGUGCGGCCGCCGUUUCUCUUUAAAGACUGUGUUAAUGAUCGCUAUGCAGUUGUUGCACCGCAUCGAAUAUGUCCACACGAGACACCUUAUUUAUCGGGAUGUGAAACCGGAGAAUUUUUUAAUAGGUAGAACUGCAACUAAGAGGGAAAAAAUCAUUCACAUCAUUGAUUUCGGUUUGGCCAAAGAAUACAUAGACUUAGAGACAAACAAACAUAUCCCAUAUCGGGAGCACAAGUCACUCACAGGGACUGCGAGAUAUAUGUCAAUAAACACACAUUUAGGAAAAGAACAAUCUAGACGCGAUGACCUAGAGGCUCUCGGGCAUAUGUUUAUGUAUUUUUUACGUGGUUCCUUACCCUGGCAGGGUUUAAAAGCUGAUACACUCAAAGAAAGAUACCAAAAAAUUGGUGACACCAAACGAGCAACACCGAUAGAGGCGUUGUGCGAGGGGCAUCCGGAGGAGUUAGCCACGUACUUGCGCUACGUUCGGCGGCUGGACUUCUUCGAGACGCCCGACUACGAUCAGUUGCGGCGAAUGUUCCGCGAUCUGUUCGAACGCCGCGGCUACGUCGACGACGGCGAGUUCGACUGGACCGGCAAGACAAUGUCUACCCCAGUGGGCUCUAUUCAGACGGGACAUGAGAUUGUCGUGUCUCCAAACCGCGAUAGACAUCAACCCUUCCACAAGGUGGUGAGUUCGACAAACGGCGAGUUGGGCGCGGACGAUCCGACAGCGGGCCACAGCAACACGCCGAUCACGCAGCCGCACCACGAGGUUGACGUUGUGGACGACACCAAGUCAGUGUUCCAACUGUGCUGUUGCUUCUUCAAGCGUAAAAAGAAGAAGUGCGCCGCCCGCGCCGGCAAGUGACGCGAGUGUGCCUGACCCCGCCCCCGCCCCCGCCCCGCCCCCGCGCACGCCCCCGCCCCAGACCCCGCCCACUGGCAAGCCACGCCCCUCCACUAAUAACACACCCGUCACUGUCCAUUUCGAGCGAAAUGUAAGCAACAUUCAUUAUUUCUUCUUACGCAAUAUUACAUUAUUUGAAUGCAAGAUUUGUUACAGAAUAAAAUGUCUCUGAACCGACCAAUAAUUUUUAUGCGUACCUUUUACUGUUGUUGUCGUUUUAUUAAAAGUAUUCAUAAUAAUAAUAUCAUAAUAAAUAUAUAUUAUAUUUAAAUAAUAUAAAUAUUUACAAUACACGAGUGUUGCCAUAGAUUAUUUCUAAGGGACACAGUUUAAAUGAUGAUAUGUGCGUAAUUACCAUACUUAUUUACUAGUGAAUUAUUUGAUCUGCCUUUUUAAUAAGUCGCAGACAUAUAUGGGAGUGAUAAAGCAUAAAAUAAGAAUAGAGUGCGCUCACAAAUAAAGCUCAAGUCUGUUACGUAUUCCUAGGCUACGGUGACCUUAAAAUUGGCGAUUUUCAAUUAUUUCACUAAAAGUUCAAGUCGUUAAUAAGUUGAAGUAGUAAUGUUGUUUGCGUUUUUACCGAAUUGGAUAAAAACUAUAAACCUUGUACGUCCUUCGUAAAUUAUCCUGAUUAUGUGUGGUCUAUUGUAAUACUUCUGUAUCUUAAUUUAAAUGAAUUACUGUCUUAUUACAUACUUGAAGCGUUAAGUUUUGACUUUGAAACUGUAUACAGUUUAAUAUCUAUUUAAAGAAUUGCCUUUUGGAUUAUCUAUGACUUUAAUUAUUAUAACUUAACUGAUUCGAUCGAAAAUAUGUCAUUAAAAAGUAAUAUUAAAAUUUGAGUCUUAUACAAUGCCAGGGUAUACAAAAGUAUCAAAUAUCUUCAUUUGAUUUUAAUCCCUUAAUAAAUUGUUAGUUGAGUUUAAAUUCAUUUGCAAAUAUUUGAUAUUUGGUGGCACCCCUUUUCUAUUGAAUGUACAUUAUUGAUAAAUACAAAGAGAACAUGUAAUGUGCUUUAAAAAGAUGAGAUUUUGGUAUUACAUUUGUAUGACCAUUGAAUUCAUAAUUAUAAAAUGUUUAAAAAGACUAAUUUUAAACAUAUAUUGUAAGUCUUGUGACUAAGUUGAAUUAAUUCUGUCGAAUCGUUUAACUAAUUAAAUUUUUAAGCAAUAAUAAACAUUGGAAAUUAUUAUAUUAUUAUAAAUAGUUAAAAUUCCUAAAUAUUUUUUAUGUUGUCACUACUUGAAUGUAUUUUUAAACUAUAAAAAAUAAUCACAUGUUAUGUGAUGUAUUUGCUUGCGUACACUUUUUAUUGAAUUUAUUUAUAUAUAUCAUAUUUUAUUUGAACACUUUUCGAUCUUAUAUUUUUAAAUAUCUAUGGAAACUUACAUGUGUAUGUUAUUCACAAUUAAUUAGAAAGCUGCGAAUUACAGUUCCAACUUUAAGCUAUUAUCGUCUUUAUUAUAAAAGUAAAACGGUCUACAAUGGCACUGACUAUUUGCACUAUACAUAACACAGAUACUUCGAAUCUUAGUCGAGCUGUUGUUGUUACUAUUUUGAAUUUAUGAAUUAAGUAAUAGUAACUUCUAGCAGAUAUUCUGAACCACGAGUUCUCAUCGUUCAGCUUUCACUGAAAUAUCCAAUGUCAAUUAUUUAUUCAUUACAUUGAUACUCAAUUUGUGACUAGUUUUUAAUAUAGUCUGCUUAUAUUAAUUUUUCUUUAUGAUUUUUCCUUCUCGAUGGAAAUUAGCGAGGCGUACCUAUAGAUUAAGGAAUGGUCGAGAUUUAUGGUUAUCUCGGGUGGGUACUGGUCAUUUUCAUUUUACAAUGAAUUCUCAGUCUUAAUAAGAGAAAUAAUAGGUUUCAAUUUCGUGGUGGUUACUAUUGUUGGCACUGCCUUUAGAUGAUCUCGUGCACGCAUAGCCCAUUAAGGGGCGGGCGCGGUCGGUUGAAUGUUCUAAUUUAUGUUCCCGUCCGUAGUAAAUUACUUUACAUUCUCAGUAAAACUCACGAAUGUACUUGUCUCUUUAGUGGGAUUCGAGAUUACCUCAUCAUCCUCCUUUCAUUUCCCCAAAAGAAUCGUUAUCACUCGCAUUUUUAAACUUAGUUAGAAAGAGAUGACACCGUCCGGAUGAACGGGAGGGCACGCAUCUCGCAUCGACGAUGUCCAUUCCAGCAUAUAACUCGAACAAAUCAAACGAUUUGUACUUUAACAAUACAUUAUAUCAUACAACCGUAGUUUAUAAAAAAAAUACUUAGUAGUCUUGUAUUGCUUUAUCCCGAUAUAGUGACGCCGAUUUUAAUAUUCUCUUUGUUUUUGUAUGUACGUUAUGUUCAUAUAAUAAUUAUUGUCUGUGAAUGGUUGUAAUUUGAUUUUGUUACAAAAGUAAUGAAUUACCAUAAACAUAGAUGAUAUGGCGAGUUGGUAAUAAGUUUGUGUGCUGUUGAAACGUUAUUUGAUCACGGCGGAUUGAAUAUUGCAGACGAAUGGCGACGUCAAAUAUUUAUUUUAUAUUCAGGUUGUGAUAUAGGAAGUUUGCCGAUGUUUUUACAAAAAGUUGUAUGAAAUUUUGGUACUGUUAUAUAUUAUAUGGGCAGCUCAAAAACUCGGGGUUGACGCGUUGGUAAUGUGGCUGCUUCUUAUGUUCCAACAGUGUUUAGGGACAAUUAUUCUCGUUUGCAAUGUUCGACGAGCCGGGUAUGCAUAUAUUGUAGGUUUUAUUUUUUAUUUAGUCAUUGUGAACUAUGUUCAAUUUGUGCGGCAAACAAGUAUGAUACAUAAUUAUUAUUAUUUAAAUUUGGCUCCGUUCCUAUAGUGACGCCACUUUAUAUCAUUAUUCAUGCCUAUAGUAUGAUAGUUAAUAAAUAAAAUAACAGCAAUAAAUGAAACAGAUUGUAAUGUAUUUUUUUUUUCAGAUACGCGACAUUUCCGCGAACAUAUUGUAUGUUCAAAUCCGUUGAGUUGUUUUUCAUUUGGAUAAAAAUGUUAUAUUUAACGUGCAAUAAUUUAUAUAAACAUUCUUUUAUGACGUGUAAAAGAUAUAAUUCAUUUCGAUAUGUGUAUCCCGUCGAGUACCCGAGCGAACUGACUUUCUAUUCCUACAAGACUGAAUGUGACAUUUCAUCAUUGUACAGUCCAGUGAAAAAGUAUGUACCUAUACACUUUUGGCAUGUAGUCAUCGUUGUUGUAAUGAGAAUAAGAGAUCAUGAUAACAUUGCGUGUGCAUAUUUUUUAGAUUUGACAGUAAACGACCACGCGGAUCUGGGCUAAUGUCAAUUGAAACAUUAUAGCGAUCGAUUUGAUUUCAUAAUUUAUUUUUAGUGAUGAUGGUAUUUUUUGGAGAGUUGAACUUUUGAAAGGUUUCCCGGCGAGCGUCGAUCGGCCCGAGCUAGUCAUUUCGUAGUAUUGUAUCUGAACUUGCACAGUUUUAUUAUAAAACGAUUGCUAACUUUAGUACCAGAGAUAAACUAUCAAGUCUCUUCUUCUUUUUAAUUAUUGGCGUUGCCCUUGUGGAUUUCGCCAGUAUCCAGUAUUUCGCUUAGUUUGUUUCCUAAUUUAUAGACUCUGAAUUUUGUUUUGUGAAAGCCCAAAUUAAAUGUUGGAUUUUGAAAGUUUUACCUUUAAGAGACGUACUCAACAUAUAUAUAUCGCCGAUGUUAGUAAAUUCUAUGACAGAAAAAUCAGAGACAACACGUCUCAGUUUGAUGUUUCUCUUCUGUCAUUGUCAAUUUGCUUUAAGCGUCAAUUUCGUUUAAACCAGGUACUAACUUUAGUCGUCGUUUUGUUAUAAUGGUGGUUUCGGUGCGGCGUUUUGUAGCACAUUGAAUAUUGAAGUGACGAGUCAAUGCAAAAAAUAUGUCUUGAUAUUCGAUGCAUUUAAUGAUUUAACCCUUACUUUUGGGUAAAUAUUUUAAUUUAAUAUAGUUGAAGUUAAACUUUUGAGUUAUUAGAAAUGUCAUAGAACAUAGGUAUUGCUGUAACACAAGCGAUACUUUUGAUGAUGCGUCACUUUUGUUUUCAAUGUGUCUUUUUUUUUAUAAGCUCGGCAUCUAAUUGAGACCUGACUGAUACGUCACCACAAUAUGUCUAAGAAAUGUUAUUUUGACAGUUGGCGCUUGCAAAGCAAAAUGUCACUUUAUGUGUAAGACAGAACACUUAGAAUAUCAAUUUUGUUUAGACUGCGCCUUUAUCAUAGGUUAUAUUUUGCUAAGCAAAUGCCAGUUCAAAAUAUAGUAACGUAACGCAGAGUACUGCGAACUGUCGGCAAAGUCGCGGAUGUUGUAUAAAUAUUGUACAGUUUAUAGAAGACACAUUUGUAUAUUUUUGCUUGGACCGGCGGCGUGGAUUCGAACUAGCGUGAUUUGUGUAGCGGCAACAUUUAUAAAUGUCGUUUAUGAAGCGCAUGAUGCAAUUUUUAACACUUAAGACUCCGGUUAUAUAAUAAUAACCGACGUUCGACUGUCGGGUGGUGCGUUGCGCUGAUCACUUGAAAUAUAAAUAUAAGGUAAUUUGGAUAGUCACGGAUAUUGUAGUCAUCACAAAAUUAUAUCCCGCGUUAGAAUUUAUUCGUAUUCAUUUCGGCUAAGUAUGUUUGAAGUGUUUUAUAACAUAAAAAAUAAAUAAACAUCUUGUUGUGUCGUUUUCAUAUUUUUAGAAAAAGUAUAGAAUUAUGCGAUUAUUGUCGAAAUGUAAUAUGGAGUUUAUAAAUAGAUUCUUUGAUUUAAUUUUCUUUACAAAAUAUUGUGAACAAAUCGGGUGUAUUCUGUUCGUCAAAUGGAACGUUAAUACUUAUUGUACAAUCGUGCAGUGUAAUCGAACGUAAUGAGAAAUUUUGAAGUCUUUAAACAUGAUUAUUACCAUAGUUGUACCUAAUUGUUACAUUCUAUUUGCUAGAUAGAAUAAUCAAAUUAGAAUUGGUAAAGGAAGUCGAAUUUUUUGGAUUGUGACCGCGUGAAUCGUGAUCCUCCAGCGCGGUGUGCGAAGCGUCCGAGGCCGCUGAAGUGGCGUGUUUUGAGCGCUACUUGCCAAUUAGCAACAGAAAAAUCAAAUCAGCUUGUACAUUGUAAUUCUAUAGAUAAUUUUCAAUCACGAUUAAAUAUCUUGCACUAUUAGGGCCCGUUUCAUCGAUUCAAAAUGUCAAGGUAAAAUGUCAAAUAAACGUUUUUACAUUGAUAUCUGUAUCAUAUUGUCUGAAAGUUUGUUUCGAUGAAGUGAAAAAUGGGCCCUCACAAUUUCAUUUUAUCGACUUGAAUUACCAUUGCGAUUAUUUAUUGCUUCAUCAAUCGUAGUAAGGUAAGCGACGCGUCGCGGCAACACUGCCGUGACGUCACAAUUAGUUAAAUUAUAAUUUUAAAAUUUCGCUUACUAAGUAAGUCAUGUUCAAUCGGUUGGCUUGUGGACGCACGAAGAAGAAUUUUGAACUGUAGUUUAUUAACUUUAUGUAUUAUAUAAAAUAAAACAUGAUGCUUUGAAACUGAAUUAUUAUUGUAAGUAUAUAAAAAUAAAUAUUAAUAUUCAUAGAAACAGUUGUCAGUGUUUAUUUUUUCUGUAAGAUGUAUGGUUAAAAAUUUUGCAUACGCAAUUUGACUUGUAUUCGGUUAAUAAGGUCACAACCUGUUCAAAAAUACGAAAAUAUUGUUAACUCAUAAUUAAAUAAAGCUUAUUAUAAGAUAUUUGUUUUAUUCUUUGAUCCAAUUUUUGAUUCGUAUUUAUAACUUUUAUUGGAAUACUCUGUUCAAUAAGGUUAUGCUCGUUUCUCACACAAUCUGAACUUUAUGGGAUAUUAAAUGUAUUCUUUCGUCUAAAAUUUGAAGCAGAUGUACAUAAAUACCUACUUUGUGAUACGGUUCAGUAAUAUGUAAAUUGCCAGGGAAUUUUUCCUAAAUUGUAAUUUUUUUCCAUUAAAUUAGCGUCCAUAAAUUUCUGACUAUUGAGCGUUUAUAUAUUUUUUUAACAAAAUAAUUUCAGCAUUAAAUGUUAGUUCAGCAAUGAGCAAAAUUACUGAGACUGAUUUUCGUUGUUAGGGGCCAUCCAUAAAUUACGUGACACGUUAGGAGGGGCGGGGGGUUGACGAACUGUGACAUUAGAACAAUAUUUAAUAGAAUUUGUAUAGAUAAACAUGUGAAAGGAGUAAAAAUCAUGAAUUUUGUGUGACGUAAUUUAUGGACGGCCCCUUAUGGGAAAAUAAAUAAAUUUAUACUUAAAAAAGGUACAGAGUCGCUGAUUAGUUCAUCAUGACUAAGCUUAAACUAUUGAAGUUUGAUCCUUAACUUAAUUACGAGUGAUUGGAAAGGGUUCGUCAAUUUGAAUUUAGAAAUGUGAAACUUAUUAAUGGGUAUAUAAAAUAUGCUACCUACCAGCAGAGCGACCGCCUAACUCUCUAGCUAUAAGAUACGACACCUUAGCGAUGUUGCGUCGAUAUUUCGUAUCAUAUUACUACAUUAACGUGGACUUUAUUAACGACGUAAGAAUGAUAAAUAACGAUGAUUAUAGAUUUAACAGGGGCGUUACCAAAUUAGUAUUUUUAUCCCAAAUUUAUUUACCAAAAGACAUGUCAAAUAAGUGAGAUGAAACGGAAUACUGCCAUAACAUCGCUAAGAUGUCAUAUCCUAUGGUUAGAGUCGGGCGGUGGAAAUACAAGCUUUUAAGAGGGUUAAUUAAGUUAUGAAACACUGCCCAUUUUGUAUUAAGAAAAAAAAAUUAUUUUAAGUUAUUAUAUGAAUAAUCUUUUAGAUGUCUCAUGUAUGUUUAUAAAUAAAAGUAUUUAAAAAAAGUUGCCUACACAUGUCUUUAAAAUACAUUUCCUGCACCUGUUCGGUUCAACGACAUUGUAGCUAUAGAAAAAAUGCAAUCAUUCUCAUUUAACGCAGACAAUGUAUCCGGGGUGAAUACGCAAGUCGUACGAUCAUGAUCUUACGUAUGAUAUAUUCGUAUCUAAUUUAGCGUAGCGUAAAGCUUGGAAUAAACAAGUAAAUCAGUUUAGAUUUUUUUUUUCAAUCUACAAAAGAAAAUCACAAAUUUAACGUAAUUUUAAUUAAUAAAGCAUUAAAGCAACAUACCUCUCUGAAUGAGGCAUUUAAUGUGAUCUUAAUUAAGGGAUACAGGAUAUUAAAAUACUAAUAAUUCCAUACAUAGUUUAUUCGAUCUAACGUCUCAUUCCAAUAUCGUUGAUCCCAAGACAACGGCAUAGUUACAUUCCACUUUAGGAUAGUAGACAAAUAAAUUAAAACUAAUUCUUUUCAUACGAAAUAUUAUCUAACACAAGACGAUACACGUAAUUGCACCAAAGUCAAAAUUGUAACAUCAAAAUGCUUAAAACAAACUCUUAAAUCUAAACUGCAUAACAAAGCAUGAUAUUUUAUAAAGAAUAUAUCUGAUAUAUUAAAUUUAGAUUUCUCAAAAUAAUAAAUACUCAACAACUUUCAUUCGUAAUCUGACAGUACAAAGUUCGCUUCGAUAUACAUAAUACUUAUUCUAACAAUUAUAUAAAAUCACGAUUUCACAAUAAAAAGACUAAAUUAUAAUAAACACUCCCCUUUCGAUUCAGGGUAGGCUGUAUUCCAAAUUUAGGAAUCAGUUCAACUUAAAUUUAAAGGAAUAAUUUCAUUGUAACCUUCACGGUCAUUUGUAAAUAAUAAUAAAAUAGUCAUCUGAAUAGAAGCAACAAGAAAAUAUAGAAAUAAAAAAUAUAGGAUAUGUGCUAUGUAAAGUUAAAAAUAAAACAGUGAUAGAAUUUAAAAAUCGCUGAGGGUGCCGUUGACUACAAAACUUUUGACUUCUGUUGUGUUACGAGUGUCAUAAUCUGAAAUUUCCUCUAUGACAAUGUCUUCAUUCUUUACUGGAAUGGGAGGGAACGCGUCGAGGAGUUCCCCUAAUUUUCUACCAGUAGACAUUAGGGUAUUGGUUAAAAAGUUGGUGUCAUCGAUGUUAAGCGCGUCGUCCUCUGGCCGGAUCUUGGAAUCUAUUUUGUAGAAAUGUUCAUAGUUCUCUUCCUUGACUAUAGGCGGCAGGUAGUCCCUGCCAUCCUCGUAGUCGAAUUCCAACUUUUUCAUGCGUUUCUUGAGGUUCGGCGGCCAGUCUUCAUCGAUGGGGAGGUCAACGUAUCCGCCUGGGAGGGGCUUCUGCGUCUCCAAGGUCUUCACCACCUGAUAAUCGUGGUCGGAAUGUGGGCGGUUGAACGUUAUAAGCUCUUCCAUGUUGAACUCGCCGUCAUCGAUCACAGUCUCGUCGAGGACCAUUUCUGUGGGAGAUAAUAGGUUUUUAGUUUCUUAUCUUUACUUAACAAGUGUGACUGAUAUGGGUGUAGACAGUAAACGAAAAUAAAUAC